AUGGUAUCUUGGGAGGACUCUAGGAUGACAGCGCUGCUGGCUAGCCUUCUGUUGCUGAUCUCCUCACAAAUGCUGGCUGCAUGCCAGCUCAUGAUGGAUAUGGCUCUGCAUUCCUUUGAUGACCAGUAUCUAGGGUGCAGAGAGCAGGUGAUGGAAGAACUGGAGAGAGGAGACUAUUUCCAAAAGGAAAUAGCUGCUAACAAGGACUAUUUGAGUCUCUGGAAGAAGGCUCAAGAGGCUAUGUCAAAGAGCCCUGUAGGUCUCCUGAGGGAGAUGCAUGAGAGCCAUGCCAUAGUCCUCAUGGCUUACACCAUGAACUCUUCCCUGCAUUCGCAGCUGAACUGGGCCACAUCUAUAGGAGGAAGCUCACCAGAACACUACAGACACAACUUCAGUUUCAAAUAUCUUCACUUUUACCUGACAACUGCUAUCCAGAUAAUGAAGCAACGGCAGAGCAGCAAGGAGAGCGCAGGGAAACGUAAGUGCUACCAGGUGCACAGAGGUGUAAAAGACUUGUAUAUCGAAGCCAAGGAAGGCAGCAAGGUGCGAUUUGGCCGUUUCACCUCUACCUCCCGCCUCUGGAAUGAAGCCCAGAAGUUUGGGAAUGAAACUUUGUUCACCGUGACCACUUGCUUGGGAGCAGCUGUGCAAGGCUUUUCUUACUACGUAUCUGAGAAGGAAGUCCUCAUUCCCCCUUAUGAGACGUUCCUUGUCAAAAGCUUCUCUCAGACAGAGCACGGUAACCGGUUGCAUCUGCAUUCUGUGGGGAACUACAGCAAGUACCACUGCCAUCUCGUAGGAGCUUCAAGAAACAAGAACAGUGGUUCCACUGUCCUCACCUCUGUCAUUCUUCCUAGUGCAGUUGGAGUUUUCAUGUGCUUGGCUCACAGUGACUGA